AUGUCAGCAGAGACGGUAACAAAUGAAGAAGACUUUAUUAGGAAAUUGGACUGUAAACCUGAUCAACAUCUGAAGGUGGUUUCCAUUUUUGGAAAUACUGGUGAUGGAAAGUCUCAUACGCUCAACCACACUUUCUUCUAUGGCCGUGAGGUCUUCAAAACUUCCCCUGCCCAGGAAUCCUGCACUGUGGGAGUGUGGGCAGCCUAUGACCCAGUCCACAAAGUCACAGUGAUAGACACAGAAGGGCUCUUGGGGGCUACCGUGAAUCUAAGCCAGAGAACACGGCUGCUGCUGAAGGUCCUGGCCAUCUCAGACCUGGUCAUCUAUCGAACUCAUGCAGACCGGCUACAUAAUGACCUCUUUAAAUUCCUGGGGGAUGCCUCUGAAGCCUAUCUGAAGCACUUCACCAAGGAGCUCAAGGCUACCACUGCCCGCUGUGGCCUGGAUGUCCCCUUAUCCACCCUGGGCCCUGCAGUUAUUAUUUUCCACGAGACCGUGCACACUCAGCUUCUUGGCUCUGAUCAUCCCUCAGAGGUGCCAGAGAAGCUCAUCCAGGACCGGUUCCGGAAGCUAGGCCGCUUCCCCGAAGCCUUCAGUUCCAUUCACUACAAGGGAACCAGGACUUACAACCCCCCCACAGAUUUCUCUGGGCUUCGACGUGCUUUGGAGCAGCUGCUAGAGAACAACACUACCCGGUCUCCCCGGCACCCAGGGGUCAUCUUCAAAGCCCUGAAGGCACUGAGCGACCGCUUUAGCGGUGAGAUCCCUGAUGACCAGAUGGCGCACAGCUCCUUUUUUCCAGAUGAGUACUUCACCUGCUCCUCCUUGUGCCUCAGCUGUGGGGUUGGAUGUAAGAAUAGCAUGAAUCAUGGGAAGGAAGGAGUGCCUCAUGAAGCCAAGAGCCGGUGCAGAUACUCCCACCAGUAUGACAACCGAGUUUAUACCUGCAAGGCCUGCUAUGAGAGAGGCAAAGAAGUCAGCGUGGUGCCCAAAACAUCUGCUUCCACCGACUCUCCCUGGAUGGGUCUUGCAAAAUAUGCCUGGUCUGGGUACGUGAUCGAAUGUCCUAACUGUGGAGUGGUCUAUAGGAGCCGGCAGUACUGGUUUGGAAACCAAGAUCCAGUGGAUACGGUGGUGCGGACAGAGAUUGUGCAUGUGUGGCCUGGAACUGAUGCAUUUCUGAAGGACAACAACAAUGCUGCCCAGCGCCUGUUGGAUGGGAUGAACUUCAUGGCUCAGUCAGUGUCUGAGCUUAGCCUUGGACCCACUAAGGCUGUGACUUCCUGGCUGACAGACCAGAUCGCCCCUGCUUACUGGAGGCCCAACUCACAGAUCCUGAGCUGCAACAAGUGUGCAACAUCAUUUAAAGACAAUGACACCAAGCAUCACUGCCGGGCCUGCGGGGAGGGCUUCUGCGACAGCUGUUCAUCCAAAACCCGGCCAGUGCCUGAGCGGGGCUGGGGACCUGCACCCGUGCGGGUGUGUGACAACUGCUACGACGCCAGGAAUGUCCAGUUAGAUGUUACUGAAGCACAGGUGGAUGAUGAAGGCGGAACGUUGAUUGCUCGGAAGGUGGGCGAAGCUGUGCAGAACACUUUGGGAGCCGUGGUGACAGCCAUUGACAUACCACUAGGCCUGGUAAAGGACGCAGCCAGGCCUGCCUACUGGGUGCCUGACCACGAAAUUCUGCACUGCCACAACUGCCACAAGGAGUUCAGCGUCAAGCUCUCCAAGCACCACUGCCGCGCCUGUGGACAGGGCUUCUGUGACGAGUGCUCCCACGACCGCCGGGCUGUCCCCUCUCGUGGCUGGGACCAUCCUGUCAGAGUCUGCUUCAACUGCAAUAAAAAGCCCGGUGACCUUUAACCCCAGCUCCCUCUCCAAGUCCUUCACAAUUCCUUAGGUUCUCAGGGUUAGAAACAGAAGUCUCAGUGAGGUAGACCCUCCUCCCGGUCACCUGUUGUGGUGUGUCUCCUUUCCUGUCAUCCUGGGAUUGCUUUCCCCUGGUGGGGUGAGCCUGGCGGCAGGCCCGAAGGCACAAAUCCCUCAGGGCAGGGCACCUAGCAGCUCACAGCAAAGGGGAAUGACCUGAAUCCGUUGCAUUUAUUUCAGUUAAAAAUAGUGUCUCUGUCUCUAUAUCUCUGUAUAUACAUAUGAAAGGGAUUUGGAGUAUACUGAGGUUGCUGCUGGCUCAAGACUAACCCCAGUCUGUCCCCAGCACAGAUACAUGGGGGCAGUGGCAACAGGUCUUCCCUACAAAGCCACUACCUUGCUGGUCACCUUUUGCUGCUUCUCUCAGAGCCUUGACAACCUCCUUUUCCUGGCCUUUUCCCUCCCUGCAACCAGCUGCUUGGACAGCGAGCCUCCCAGUGCCUCCUGCUGGAGCAGCCUGAAGGGAAUUCCACUGGGCCCUUGGGGAGUUGAAUCUCAGUUCUUGGUCUCAGCCUAUUUUAAGCAGAGACCACCCUGCUUCGGGUGGAGUGUCAGAGGUCAGGUCUUCAGCGCUGAGAUGCUGUGGUAUCCCUCAUAGCCAGGGAGUCCAGGUGACCCUGGCCUUCCCCAGAAGUGUCCCUGCUGAUUGAUGCUUCUGUCUGUCCACUAGACCUUUCUAGAGGGCCACACCUUGCUCCUAAAUCAACACCUGGAACCCAUGAUCUGCUUCUGAGUGUCACUAGAAUUUUUACUGCUUAUUUUAAAGUGUCUUAAUUCUUUGUUCCCAGACACACAACCCCGCUAGGAGGGGUGAUCAUGAGAAACCCUCCAGGGAAACAGAGCACAGAAUGGACUGUUAGUUUUUAUAAAGUAUAUACAAAUACUUCAACAGGUCACAAAGAAAAAAAUCUCUUUGGUUCUUGCAAGAGAAGUCAAAUGAAAGAAUGUUUCUCAUCAAGAGCUUGGAGAUCCUUACCUAUCAUGACUGCAAAGAGUCUGUUGUGCUGAAAUCCUGUCAUCAGGGCAGAGUUUUGUCUUCAGUGGCCAAAAAAAGAAUUAAAGCAACAUAGUUCUUGACUGAGCUGGUGGGUGGGUGGAGCUUUUGGGAGAUGCAUGGGUGGGCAUUCCUGGGGUGUGCAUCCAUGUGACAUGAGCUCUGGUGUGGGUUGGUCCUUCUUAGACCUGCUCCUUUCUGCCUCCCAGCAGCUGAGGCCCUACUCUAGAACUGUGUAUUAUCAAACUCACCAUCAUAAAGGAAUCUUCCUCAACA